UGACACUGCCACAGAAUCCUAAGCGCUAGACACUACUCUAAAAUCUAAUAUCAAACAGUCGAUAUGUUUAUUUUUUAACUGACUUCAAUUUCAUUUCAAUUAUUAUUUGACUGACACAAAUAUAUCUUAGUAGAAAUCAUGAAAUUAUGAUUGCCAGUAUAUACAGUCACAAGUUACUAACGGAUAUACAAUGUUGAGACAAUGUAUGGGAAAUUUUAGCUGGAAGAGAAAGUGUCUUAAAUAAUAUUAACGGGUCGAUAUGAAUAUGUCUGUCUCGGAUUUAUCUGUUGGAUGCCGAUUUGCGGAUUAUUUUGUAAUUUGUGGCCUCGAUUUCGACUCAGGAUUAGAAGCUGAUGGUUUAAGUGGAGACAAUUUACACAUAUCGCCCCUCGAUCGUUCAUACAAAGGAAAAGUUCUAGCUCACUACCCUGAGAAUGUUCACUCUAAUAAAUUUGAUGAAAAUGCAGUGUGUAUGCUCUGCCUGCCAGCUAGUCUCCAGUUUAAAACACAAAAACAUUCAUUAGAACCAAAGUUUCAUAGUUUUGUAGUGACCAGGGAAAAUGCAUCUAGAUACUAUGGAUUCAGUCUUAUCUUCUAUGAAGAAGUGCGAAACAGGAACAUAUGCAAUGCCAUGCAUACACUUCAGGCUAUGUAUAUCACUGAAUUAUCUAGUGGGCAGACUCCGCCAGGUCAUAGAAAAGGUUCAGGCAAAGAGAGUUCUAGAUCUUUGCCGCGUUCAUUCAAACUUGCCCCACACACAGGAGCUGCACUCACAUACUAUGAUAUAACCAAAGACAAACUCUAUGUAGCCAAAAGUAUAGCACUUAUAUGCCAAUACCCAUAUGUGAGGGUCGCACAAUUAUUCUUAGAGAAUUUAUUUAGGUCAUUACCAAGGCAGCCUGGUCCAGGUCUCAGCCCAGAGUCCUAUGUUUACAACUUGCUGUAUGAAGUUCCAGUGCCCCUUCCUGGUCAAGCAUUACGUCUGUACGUCCCUCCAGCCGAACCUCAUCUUGAUUCAAUACCAGUUGUGAUAAGAAUGCCAAAUCCUCCCGAUGAGUUACCCCUCCUUGACUACCCACUGCGUGUAAUGUUUACAUUGUUGGGCGCAGAAUAUGUUGUACAGCUCUUCACGUGUGUGCUCCUGGAACAUCAAGUGCUGUUGAGAUCCAGCGAUUUCAACAAGCUGAUGCUGGUGUCCGAGUGCAUCGUAUCUCUUCUCCUGCCCUUCACUUGGGCUUAUGUCUACGUCCCCAUAUUGCCGGCACCGUUAUAUCAUUUCCUUGACGCACCAGUGCCUUUUGUUAUGGGUCUCCAUACUGAUAGUGCCUCAAUAGGUGUCGGUAACGGACCAAGGAAUAUAGCGCUCAGUUCUGAAGCUACCCUCUGUUUGGUAGAUAUCGACAAGCCAGACAUACAACUGCCCGAGGAACUGCCGAUAUUUCCACAUAGAACACCAUUCAUCGAAGAACUCAAUCACAUAUUGGACAAGCAUCAGGUUCAGAGGCCUGAAACGGAGCCCACUAAACUUGGCAUACCACUCAAUGGCGCCUCCUAUAAACAUAUGAGUGAUGGCAUGACCAGCAGUUGUACGCUACCUUCAGGUGGCCUGAGACGGAAGCAUUCCUUUCAUGACGUGUUAGAAUGGGAUGAGAGCCGACCUUUGAACUCCUCCCCUCCAUCAUCACCUCGACGAGCGCCACGAAGAAUGGACGCCUUACAAAGGAUUGUGGACAUUGUGAAGCGAACCGGUGUAAAUAUAGAGGACGUGGACGCGGACACCGUGAUGCCGACUACGAAGAAGAAGAUACUCAACGACGAGGAACAGUACAAUGAAGACAUACGGUUCAAUAUAACCAUCAGGGAGACCUUCCUCAACAGAUUCGUUCACAUGUUCCUCAUGUACGAGAACUUUGUUAUUAUGCCUGAUCAGGAUCGCGAUUCGUGGCUGUCGUCCCGUGAGUCGAUGGUCAAUUUCGACAAGGCGUCGUUUCUGUCUGACCAGCCGCAGCGGCACAGACCGUUCCUGUCGCGCUUCCUCGAGACACAAAUGUUCGCAACGCUCAUAGACAACAAAAUAAUGGCCAACUGGGGCGAGUACGACGCUAACCUGCAAGUGUUUGAACACAGAAUACGAGCUGUCAGGAGCCGGCUGGGCGAGGGGGGGUUGGCUACGCGUGGUUACAGCGUGUUUGCUGGCGGCAGUGGCGGGGGCGCGUGGAGCUGUGAAGUGGAAGUAGGGGCGCCAGCAGAGCGCCUUCCACACCGGGCAGCCUACUAUAGAGCCUUCCCCGCCAGACUUGACGCGGCCGCGCUGACCCCGCCCCCGCCCAGCGACCGCAGAACUAAUAGCUUGAAGCGUAUUAAGAACGCUAAGUGGCAGGUGAAGGACUGUCCGCCGGAACUGCUGUUGGGUGAUAUCGGCAGACGUCUAUCAACUGAAGUCACUUCCGCUGCUAUGGCACAAAAUAACAGAGCAUUCGUUGAGAAACUAUUGAAGGAAUGUAAGAGCAAGACGAAAAGAAUGCUCCUCGAAAAGAUGGGUACCGAAGAAAGUGAUUUGGGUCUUGGAAGUGAGAUAUCCAUUACUGGUAUAGAAGAAAGUACUAUGAUAGCGUCGCUCUGUGAUCUGUUGGAGAGACUGUGGUCGCACGGUCUGCAACACAAGAUGGGAAAAUCAGCUUUAUGGAUGCAUCUAACAAAUUAUCAGGAAUUGGAACAGUGCAGCAACUCCGCUAAACCCAUAGACCCCAACUAUCUGACGCCUGAUUUAUCAUCUGUGGGCGCGGAAGUCGAAUCUCAGCAGAAUUCCAAUCCGAACCGAUCACGAGAUAGUUCCCGAGGUGGAUCUCGUGAUAGUUCCCGCGAUCGUCUCAGUAACUCUGGUACCUUGGAACGAAAGUCGCCUCCGAAUCCAUUGAGGCCUUUACCCGAAAAUUUGACAUUCGACAUGAGGAAUGUACAAGCAAUGACCGAUAUAAAGACGGAAAUCGGUUACGCUCGCGCCUGGGUGAGACUCUCGCUGGAAAAGAAGUUGCUGUCGAAACAUCUGAGGGAACUUCUAUCAGAUACUACGUUGUUGAGAUCUCAGUACAAGAAGACGGCGUUCCUGCGCUGUGAGGAGGAGAGGGAGCAGUUCCUCUACCACCUCCUGACACUGAACGCUGUAGAUUAUUACUGUUUCACCAACACAUAUCCCACCACCAAGUUGCCAUACCGUGUCAUAGUGCCGUCGCGUAAGGCGAGCCAAACCACAGCGAACUGCUGGCUCUCUAUAUCCGGCGCUAACGGGGAAUCGACACCUAAAAUACCCAUACCCAGGAACACCAACGAGUUCGUUUUCCAUCAUAAGAAUUUGGGGAUUCUGUCGACUCUUCGUAUCGGUCACGACAACACCGGCCUGUCGCCCAAAUGGUUGUUGGACCAAGUUUAUGUCCGAAACGAAGUCACAGGACACACGUACAAAUUCCCGUGUAACCGCUGGCUGGGUACUGGCGUGGAUGACGGCAGCACUGAGCGCGUGGUGGUCGCGUCCCGGUCCCGCGCCCGCUCGCCCCGCACCCCCGCGCCGCCCCCCGCCACCUCGCCCACCACAACGCAUCUAUCAACAUCCACCAUACAACAUAUGAUUGGUGAUUGCGUUAACGCCAUCGUCAAGUGGCAUUAUCAGUCCAAGAGGGAUAAAGACGCCAAUUCCUUGAGCGUGUUGCUCUGCGGUGAAAAUGGACUGGUCAAGAGUUUAGAACAGGCGUUCCUCUGCGGGUUUAAGUCAGCUCGACUUUUUGGGAAGAAUCUCUUCAUCUGGGAUUAUUUCGCUCGCGUAAAAGACGAAUUCAAAAUGAGCCUCUGCGAAGACAGCAACCAGUCUAACAAGAGCUGCGUGGUUUACAACUGUAGACAGGACCAGGAACAUCGUGCCAUAUGGAGGUGUUACUGUCACCUCAUGGACGAGGUCAGCAGUGUUGGACGCACGCUGGGCAAGGAUGGGAAGUUCCAGCUGUUUAUAUGUCUCAGUUUGAGGGAACAUUGGCUCCACAGAAUGUUAGUGCCGAUGUCAUUGACCCGGGUCACAGCUGAGAUGUACGAGGAACAGAGUUUCAUGAGGAAACGGGGUCUGCUGACCUUCCUCAGGCAAAUCCUCGAACCGUUGGACGAGUUCGACAUAGUACUGGAGAACUCACUGACACAAGGCAUUUAGUUACACAAAUGAUUCCCUUAUCUCAUGAUAUUAGUAGCGUUUGAAUACUUGUGAUCGUGGUCCUUAAGAGAGGCGUUAAUGGUAUUUAUUUUGGAACGUUAGGAAGAUGGACUUUUAGUCACAUUAAUACUCGUAAAUUAUGAAUUUAUUGUUAUAUUCGGGGUUACACUUUUACUUUUUUUUUAUUAAGUUUUUUUUUUUGUGAUCGUUAUAUUUUUUUUACUUGCCAGUUUGAUCCAAAGAUUUUGAAGCACGCUAGAUUUAAGAACUGUUUCACUUUAGGAAUUUUAUUUGUGUGUCAUUUAGACGCGAGAAGGAUUUAUCCUUAGUUGCCAUUUAGAUGCAAUGUUCAUGACACAAAUUAUAUUUAGCUAUAGCAACACCUUAGAGAUUCGUCUUUAAAAAUGUAUGCUUUAAUGUUAUGUACAAAAGAACCACUGCUGGUCGGAGGUAAUCAUAACUUGGACUCUCCUAGAAAUUAUUCUAGAACUUUCCUUUUCAUUACAAAUACAAAACUUUAGUGCAUGCCUUUCUAUUAUCUGUAUAAUUAGGUUUUUAAAUUUAUUUUACCUUAACAUAUAAAAGAUUUGAGACAUAAACUAUGUCAGAAGUGAAUCUCAUGACACUAUUGUAGUGUAUCGAGUCCCGAUUAAUUAUUUUCUAUUAGUUUUAGUACAGUUAAUGUUAUAAUGAAUUUAUGAUAUUGUCAAUUACUCAUUAACUUAACACGAACGCUGCUAGCGUUUAUUGUAUGCGGACUCCACAAAACUUACAAUAUAUUUCUUCAAACGUAAUUAAAUCACAUAUGAAAAAGAAUCUUCUCUCUGAUCGCAUAUCAUGGAAAAGUAUUGUUGAGUAAAAAACAUUUUUACCUUUUUUUAAUUUCAUUAUUUAAAUUAUCGAAUUCUCUUAUAAUUUUGAUAGGAUACAUUACGAUAUAUAUAUUUUUGAUGUUAUAUUGUUUUUUUUUUGUAGGUAUAUAUAUAUAUAUAGAUUUUUUUUUAACUAACAAAUUUAUUUAUUUGCAGUACCAUAAAGGUUGGUUUGAAUUCUUAAUGUGAUUUAACCAUGGCGUGUGAAUGGUUUAAUUUAAACGCACAAGAUCGUCAUGUAAUUAUUAUUAUUUGAAUCCUAAACAUUUGUCCAUUGGAGAUUAUCAGCUGAUAGGAUUUGCAUCAUCUUCAUAUUGUUAUGUGCAAAAAAAUAAUAAUAGAAUAACGCAUAUUUAUUUAGCAUGUUAAAUGUAUAAUUCAGAGUUCAGAGUAGUUUAACAUAUGUAAUGGCAACAAUGCACCUUACGUAUAUUGUAAUAGGGUUUAUUUUUGUGAGCUUCGAUAGAUUUCUGCUUUAUAUAUAUCAUCAGAAAGAUAUUGUCUGAAGCAGAUAUUAGAGAGGGGUUGUGACGGCACAUUAUUAGGUUAUUUGCUUUGCACAAAUAUGUUAUUAUAACUAUACAAAUAUAUAUGUAAAUGAUGAAACCAAUUAAAUUGUAUGUACUUAUGUAUAACUUCAGGGCUGUCAUCUUGUGGUUUAAUGUCGAAAAUUAUAAAGAAAUUUCCGUCAAGCUAUUCCGUUUUUCAGUUUUUUACAUAACAUUGCAUGUUUGCAACAUAAACCGAGUGAGUGAAGUAAGUUCAGACAAAAAUUUAUGAGAUGGCAACCCUGUAUAUUUAAGCUAUUUCGGUGUAUGCCGUCCUGCACGGUUGUAAACGUGUGUAUCAAUAUGCCGUCACUUGUAACAUGAGAAAUUAAGUUUGUGCCAAAUUUAACGGAAUAAAAUUCUAUUCAAACAAAACUUAUAAAAUCAACAUAGAACAUAAAAAAUGUGGCAAUUGCAUGUGACUGCGAAUGCUCAAUAUAUUCCCACCAUUUACUAGAAUUAAUUCUGUUACUUUCUUGUAUUUAUUCUUAGGAGUGCGGAUACAUUAAUUAUAUAUGUAUGAAAAAUAUUCCAUUUUUUACUUGUAUUUUUUUUAUUGAAAUUUAAAUAUUAAAAAAAAAUGUGUAAUUUAAUUUUCAAUGAAUAUUUUUGUUAUUAUAUUUUUUAAUUACGUCUUGAAAUCUGAGAGUUAGAUUUUAAUUCUUUAUAAUGUCUUCCUAAAUCAAUCAUCUGUACCAAAGAUAACUGUAAUAUUCAAGUGAAAAUAAAUUUAAAUGAAAUAAAUGCGUAUAAAUGAUAAAACUAGA